UUUUUUUUUUUUCUCUCUCUUUCCACCUCAACUCAACACUAAAGUCAAAAAUACCUUCAACAACUUCCAGGGCUUUCCAUUUUAACACACUCAUCUAAUCCAUCAAGCUUGAAUUCCCAUCUAUAUCACCAGGAUCUUUCGUUGACUUCUUUUGCAAAUCAAUCCUCGUCUGAUUCACCCUUUGUUCUGUGUGUGUGUCCAUUUUUUUUUAUUCUUUUUCAAGUCUUUUUUUUUAUUUUUUUAUUCUUAUAACUUCCAUCAACCAUGGAUUUAAGAGUUGGUAAGAAAUACCGUAUUGGCCGUAAAAUCGGGUCAGGAUCCUUUGGGGAUAUCUACUUGGGUACCAAUAUCAUUUCUGGUGAAGAAGUGGCUAUUAAAUUAGAAAAUACUAAAGCAAAACAUCCUCAAUUAGAAUACGAAGCAAAAGUAUAUAAAGCAUUAAGUGGGGGUGUGGGUAUACCUUUUGUUAGAUGGUAUGGUACUGAAUGCGACUAUAAUGCUAUGGUUAUUGAUUUAUUAGGUCCUUCAUUAGAAGAUUUAUUCAAUUAUUGUAAUCGAAAAUUUACCUAUAAAACAGUUUUACUUUUGGCCGAUCAAUUAAUUUGUCGAAUCGAAUACAUUCAUGCUAGAUGUUUUCUUCAUAGAGACAUUAAACCAGAUAAUUUUUUAAUGGGUAUUGGUAGAAGAGGUUCUCAAGUUAAUGUAAUUGAUUUUGGUUUAGCUAAAAAAUAUAGAGAUCCAAGAACUCAUUUCCAUAUUCCUUACAGAGAAAAUAAAAAUUUAACCGGUACCGCUAGAUACGCAUCGGUUAAUACUCAUUUAGGUAUUGAACAAGCUAGAAGAGAUGAUUUGGAAAGUUUGGGUUAUGUUUUAAUUUAUUUCUGUAGAGGUUCUUUACCUUGGCAAGGUUUGAAGGCUGCUACCAAAAGACAAAAAUAUGAUAGAAUUAUGGAGAAAAAAAUGACUACCCCAAAUGAUAUGUUAACUAAAGGUUUACCUAAAGAAUUUUUAACUUAUAUGAAUUAUGUUAAAAAUUUAAGAUUUGAUGAUAAACCCGAUUAUCCUUAUUUAAGAAAACUUUUCAGAGAUUUAUUCAGAAAUGAAAAAUAUAGAUAUGAUUAUGUUUUUGACUGGACCUUAUAUAAAUUUCAACAAGAAAGACAAAGAGAUCAACAAUUGAAAAUUUCCGAUAAUAAUAAUCAAGACCAACAAGAUCAACCACAUGACCAACAACAACCACCACAACAACAACAACCGCAACAACAACAACAACCACAACAGAUGCCUCAACAACAACAACCACAACCACAACAACCACAACCUCAGCAACAACAACAACCACAACAACAACGCCAACAUUCACCCGGACAAACCUCACGUCAUUUCAUUUAUAGCUUUCCCAUUAGCUAAUUGCCGAGAUUGAACUCAAUUCAAGGGAUUGAACAAGUUAGAACCUUCAGAAGUACUUUUGUCCAAAAGUGACUCGUCUAGAAUUGGUCAUGGCUUUAAAUCUCGUUGGUUUAGAUUAAAACCUGUUCUUGUCUUUUUCUACUAUACUUUCCAAUUUUCUUUUUCUAAGCUUUCUAUAUCGUAUAUUACUUUAAUACUACUUUAUUCGAUUAUUAUGUAUAAGUAAAUAAUUAAUUUUUUUUCUCUAAGCCGUUUUCAAAAACAGCACCUAAGAAAUCAAAAAUAUGU